AUGCCGUUUCAUAAUACAUCGAGGCGGAACAAACAACUCGAAAAGAUUUCGCCUCCAUAUCGAAUACUCUUUUUUGGAUCGGAUUAUUUUUCUCUUGAAUCGUUAAUCGCUUUAGUGGAUCAUCAAGAGUCCAAUGGUAUCAAUUCUUUCGUCAAAUCGAUUGAAGUCGUGGUCCCUCCUGACCGUAGAACUGGUAGAGGAUUGAAAACUAUAACUCAAAGUCCUGUAAAGCUAUUCGCACAAGACAACAGUUUAGCUGUUCAUGAAGCGCCACCAAAAACUUUACAAGAUUGGAAGAUUCCAAAGCCACGUGACCUUGAAGCAAUACACCUCGAUAUUGAUCGUUUCGAUAUUGGUGUAGUUGUAUCAUUUGGGUACUUUUUAACACCAGUUAUUCUUGAAUCCUUUACGAAAGGAUCGAUGAAUGUUCAUCCUUCAUUAUUACCAAAAUAUCGUGGUGCUGCUCCAAUCCAAUAUGCAAUUUUGAAUGGUGAUAAAGAAACUGGAAUUACAAUUCAAGAUCUUCAUCGUGAAAUUUUCGAUGCUGGAAAAAUUUUAAGGCAGAUUAGCGUGUCAAUUCCUUCUGAAUCCACUUACAUGUCACUUGAGUCAACUCUUGCUGUGGAAGAACAAGAUGUAACAAAAGUCACAAAAGCACCAAAAAUUUCAAAAAAUAUGGCCGAAAUUAAGUGGAAUCAGAUAACUGCGGAAAAAUUAGAUAAAUUAUAUCGUGCUAUAUCACAUCAGUAUGCAUUAACCACAAAUUUUAUUGAGAAACGUAUACAAUUACACAAUAUCUCAUUACCUUCUGAACUUAAACAACAAAAGAUCAGAAAUAAAAUUGCAACAACAAAUUAUAGCCCGGGUACGAUCAUUUAUGAUUCGAAAUCAUUAGAUUCGAUAUAUGUUAUCUGUAAUGAUGAUAAAUUAAUUGAAUGCCGAAGUGUUAAAAUGGAAGGAAAGAAUGAAAUUUUGGUAAAAGAUUGGAUUAAUGGGUAUGGAUUUCGUAGUUCUUGUCCUCACCUUUCCAAGACCCUUCGAAAUCACGUAUUUGAUUCAUAUAUUGGUGAAUUUAUAAUGACUCCUGAUACAAUAUUUACCAUCGCCGGAAAAGGCUUGAAAUUGAAUACCGCAGAAGAUGUACAAGAAUAUGUGAAUUCUAUAUUGGACCUUAAUAAUUUAGAGGAAGUAGUGUUAAGUGGAAACACUUUUGGUGUUGAAGCUGCUCAGGCAAUAGCUAUGGCUUUAAAAAAGAAAAUUUCUAUCAAAAUUGUCAACGCGUCUGACAUCUUUACGGGUAGGCUUAGGGAAGAGAUUCCUCACUCUGUGAAAGCUAUAUGUGACGCGCUUGAGGAUAAAGAAUGCCUUGUAGAAUUAAGUUUUAGUGAUAACGCGUUUGGUCCGGCAGGUGCCGAACCUAUGGUUGAUUUUCUUACUAAUAAUAAAUCUUUAAAGAUUCUCAAACUUAAUAAUGUUGGUCUUGGACCUCGUGGUGGAAAGCUGAUCGGUAAGGCUUUAUUUGCAGCGGCAGAGAAGAAUAAUUCUGAAGGUCGUAAAUCUUCGUUUACAACCAUUAUCGCUGGUCGCAAUAGAUUAGAAAAUGAGUCCAGUCAAGCUAUUGCUGACGCUAUAGCUGCUCAUGGUUCUUUGGUCGAAAUUCGUAUGCCUCAAAAUGGCAUUCGCCCAGAAGGUAUCAUUACCCUUUGUAAAGGGUUAGCUGCAUGUAAAAAUUUAGAAGUUCUUGAUCUCCAAGACAAUACAUUCACAAAAAAGGGUGCACGAGCCUUUGCUGAAGCACUUGUUCAAUGGCCAAAUUUGAAAUUCCUCAAUGUCGGUGAUUGUUUAUUAUCGGCGAAAGGCGGUGUGGUUAUUGCUGAAACUCUUUUACUAGGUCAUAAUAAAAAGUUAGAAUCCCUUAAUCUUCAAUAUAAUGAGAUCGAUAAUAAAGGUGUAAAAGUUCUUGCUUCUGCUAUCCUUACACAUCUUAAGGAUUUAGUUUCAUUAGAAUUAAAUGGUAACAAUGUCGAAGAAGAUGAUGCCUCUAUCAAGGAGGUAAUAUCUGCAUUGGAAGCACAUGGUCAUGCAGAUGCUUUAGAGGACAAAGAAGAUUUGAUAGAGGCACCAAGUUUAGAACAAUUAACACUUGAAGAUAAAGACUCAAAUACUGAAGAUUUAGAACCACCACCAGAAACAAAAUUGCAAGAAGUUAGUGAAGUUCAAGUUCAGGAAUCUCCACAUGAAACCAGAUCAACAAAUGAUCAAGUUGAAGCACUUACGGAGCGUUUCGCAAAGGCAAAUGGUCACUAUGAACGUUCAGAAAAUUCUCAACCAUCAAUACUUACAAACCGUAUAACGAAUGCUAAUGUCCAAAUAAGUCCACUUUCCGAAAGGUAUCCAACCAUCACAACUUCUCCUGUAACUUCACCUUCAACUCCGCAAUCAUCACGCCUUUCAAACAACCAAGUCUUUGCGCAUAAGAGUAAAAAACUAUUGGGACUCUUGACUGAUACCAAAUCCAUUUUGGAACGGUUUAGAGAAAUAAAUAAAGGAAGAUGGAAUAUACAAUAUCCGUUCCUAGGCCAAACUUUAUCCAACCAUCGGCAAUUUACAUCAUAUGAUGAUAAUGAUCUACAGUCUUCAAUGACCUCCAACUGGUCGGCAAAAAAUCCACAUGUUGUCAGUGAAUUCCGACAACAAAUUCAUGCAAAACUUUACACACCACCUCAACAAGAUAU